AUGCAUCCUCAGACCAUCUUCAACGCCCUGGUUGCUCUUGCUGCCACUGGCAUGGCCGCUCCUUCGGAGGCCCUCAACAAUCUCCAUGCUCGAGCCGUAGUCAACCACGACUCUCUUAACCCUGUCAAAAAGACAAUCGAAGGAGGUGCAAUCGGUGCCGCCAUCGACAGGUGGCAGCCUCUUCUUCACAUUGCCGAUGGUUGUCAGCCAUACACUGCUGUUGAUACGAACGGUAACGUCAAUGGCGGACUCCAGGACAGCGGCAGUAAGACUGGUGGCUGCAAGGAUACCAGUAAAGGUCAGACAUAUGCUCGUGCCGCCAUGCAUAAUGGCAAGCUUGCCAUCAUGUACGCUUGGUACUGGCCCAAGGACCAGCCUGCUGAUGGCAACCUUGUCAGCGGCCAUCGCCACGACUGGGAAAACGUGGUUGUCUUCAUAGAUAACUAUCAAUCUCCUGGGGCUACCCUCUACGCUGCUGCGGCGUCUGGCCAUGGCGACUACAAAAAGACCAAGAACCCUCAACGAAAAGGCAAUAAUGUCAUGGCUGAGUACUUCACUAGCUUUGGCAAAAACCAUGAACUGCAGUUCAAGACUAGUCCCGGACGCACUUAUUGGAUCUAUGACUGGGCUGCUAUGACUCCCGCUGCCCGCCAGGGUCUGAUCACUGGUCCAUCUGGCGAUCCCAAGAAGCCUUGGGGCAGCGCUAAUGUCCCUUUCAUCGAUGCCAACUUCGGCAACAACCUCAACAAGGCCUGGUCCUGA